AUGUUCCGAGCGGUGGUGGACUACAAAGCGAACGCUACGCCAAAGUGUCAAUCGCUGAUAAUCAAAACGCUGCCGGAGUUGGAGGGCCAAAAAAAGGAUUUGCUGAGUCAAUCGUUUAUUUUCGAAACGGAGAUCGGCAUGUACACCGAGGUGCUGCCCAGGUUUGAAGAAAAUUUGCGCAAGGCCGGUGACAAAACAACGCUCAAACCGCCCUGGCUUUAUUACUCGCUGAGUCCGCAUAAAGUGCUUGUGCUUGAUGAUAUUGUGCCCAAAGGCUUUGAGCUAAUACGAGAUCGUGCAAUGACAAUGGAAGAAGCGAAAGCUGCUUACGAGCGACUUGCUAAAUGGCAUGCGGUCAGCUUCAAAAUAAUUAAACAGGAACUGCAUUUUUUCGACAGAUAUCAGCAUGGUCUAUUCACUAUGCCCAAUCUACUGAACGAAGGUCUGAUGACAGACGGCAUAAAAUUCUUUAUUGAAAUGCUCAAGAAGAAGGCAACGUUGCAUCAAUUUGUGCCACACUUCGAAGCUCUGAGACCCGUUAUACUGCAGAGGUGCUUGGACACAUUUAGGGAAUUUCGAGAGACACCGCGAGCGGAUGCCUACUAUGUGCUUUGCCACGGUGACUUCACCAUCAAAAACAUGAUGUUCAAGCACAACUCGGCUGAUGGGAGCUUGGUGGAUGUGCAACUUUUGGACUUUCAGCUUUCAUAUGUUGGCUCAAUCGCAAGCGAUUUGAUUUAUUCGAUGGUACAGCUGCUCGACGAGCACUUGAGAAAACAGUUUCCGAUAUUGGUUGAGUACUAUUUUAAUAUUUUUAUUGAGACUUUAUUGAAACUCAAAUAUAAGGGUGCACUGCCAAAAUUGGAAAAGCUGCGGGAACAGUUAGUGUGGCACAAGCAUUUCG